AUGACGAAAGCUGGAGUGUUCGGUCGCACGUUAAGCGUCGGACUGGGACUGCGUUCAUCAAGGCUUUUUCGAUUUGUAUCUGUUUAUUUAGGUGUUCAAAUAGAACGUAGUCUACUGAGAACACUACCCAACAACAUCUGCUUCUGGAAGAAAAAUUGUACCGGAAUCGAUGCAUUGAGAAGGGUUCUGAAAGCAGUCGCUUUUAUUUAUCCAGAUCUCGGUUUCUGUGAGGGAAUGGGUGUAAACGUGGCCAUGCUUAUCUGCUUUUCAGGUGUAAUCGUGGCCAUGCUUUUGUUGAUUUGUUCCGAGGAGACAACAUUUUGGAUGAUGACAGCUUUAAUUGAGGAUAUUCUGCCACCAAACUAUUACAGCCAGACGCUUUUGGGUGUCCAGGUCUAG